AUGUAUCGAAGUAGAAACAAACCAAAGAAAGAAGGCGAAAAUGAAGUUAAGGGACCAAAUUCUGCAUUGACCCAAUUUUUAAGAGAAGAGGGGAUCAGCGCUGAAAAUAUCAAACAAAAAUGGCAUCAACGACAGUCGAAGAAUCAUGAGGAUUCAAUAAAUGAAAAGAAAGAUAAAGCGGUGGAUGAUAACUUAACAGCGCAAAUCCCGCAACAACUCGAAGAAGAACAGGUUGAAGAUGUCGAAAUAGGCAGUGGUACCAAGACAGGAAGAACAGAUAUUUCUUAUGAUGCUAGGAUGAAAUUGGUGCCUGUCGAUAGUGAUGAAGAAGAAUAUGAAACUAGCCGCUUAUCAGAUACCCUAGUUAGUUUAACCCCUACUAAGAACCCCGAAUUAUUGGCUAAAAAAAGGCAGAAUAGUGCAAGAAUUAUACAAAAACGUCGUAAAAAACGUAAGAGAGCCGCCAAUUUGCUAGAUAGACGCGUUAAUAGAGUCUCUAGCUUACAAAGUCUUUGUAUUACACAAAUCAGUGAAAACAUCUCGAAGUGGCAGGAACAGAGUGAUGAGUCAUCGAAACAGGUCUAUAAUAGACUGAGAGAUGUGCUCGGUGGUGUAUCCACUGCUAACUUAAACAAUUUAGCAAAGGCAUUAUCAAAGAAUAGGGCCUUAAAUGACCAUACUUUGCAACUUUUCUUAAAGACGGAUCUAACGGAGUUGACUUUCAAUGAUUGCUCUAAGAUUUCGUUCGAUGGUUACAAAACGCUAGCGAUUUUUUCACCACAUCUUACCUCGUUGUCCUUACAAAUGUGUGGGCAGCUAAACAAUGAAUCAUUACUUUACAUUGCUGAAAAGUUACCGAACUUGAAAUCAAUAAAUUUGGAUGGUCCUUUUCUUAUCAAUGAGGGCACUUGGAAGACGUUUUUUGCAAUUAUGAAAGAUAGAUUAGAAGAGUUUCAUAUUUCUAAUACACACCGCUUCACGGAUCAAUCAUUAUCUAAUUUGUUAAUUAAUUGCAGCUCCACCUUAGUUUCCUUAGGGUUAUCCAGGCUCGAUUCUGUGUCAAACUACGCUUUACUGCCGCAAUAUCUACUCAAUAACGGUUUUCACACUCUUUGUAUUGAAUAUCCAUUCAAUGAAGAAGAUGUGAAUGACGAGAUUAUCAUAAAUUUGUUGGGUCAAGUUGGGCGCACGUUACGGAAGUUAGUCUUGAAUGGCUGCCUUGACUUGACAGAUUCAAUGGUGGUUAACGGUCUCACUGCAUUCAUCCCCGAAAAAUGUCAACUGGAGGUAUUGAGUUUAGAAGAAUCGGAUCAGAUAACAACAGACUCACUCGUGUAUUUUUUCAACAAAGUAAAACUGAAUAAUCUAAAAGAAUGCAGCUUCAGAAGAUGUUUACAAUUGGGUGAUAUGGCAAUAAUUAAUUUAUUAUUUAACGGAGCAAGAGAUAGCCUAAGAAGCUUGAGCCUCAAUUCCUUAAAAGAGCUAACUACGAAUGCAUUUGUGACACUGAAAUGCCCUAAUUUGACAUAUAUAGAUCUCGGCUUUGUGCGCUGUGUGGAUGACUCUGUGAUCGAACUAUUAGUAGACCAAAAUCCAAACCUUACUGUAAUUGAUGUGUUCGGAGAUAAUCUAGUUACUGAAAGGGCGAUAACAAGACCUGGACUUGAACUAAUAGGGAGACAGAGUGAUAGUAUAUAA